AUGUCCGGAAGAGCGCCUCCUGGAGGCAGCUCUCGUCAGGAUGAUCUCCUCCUCGACCUUGAUGACCAGCCAACCUAUAGCUACAACAGCGGCCAGCGUGCAGAUGACGCUCCUCCCCGCCCUUCUGUCUCCUACGAUGACUUCAUUGGCGCCGACAGUCAUACAACACAUCCGUCGGUGAAGAACCCCCCGGCGGGCGCAUCGGGCCUGGCCCCCCGGCCGCCAUACAUGGCCCAGAAUGACAGGCAGUACAGCCAGACUUCAGAUCUGAAUAACUUUCAGAGAUAUGCCGACGACUCAGACGACUAUCCUGAAGACACGAAUUCUUACUAUCAAAAUGGCGGCGGCACGGACGCGCGCGACAAUGCAAGAAGUCGCAACAGCAGACUUGCCCUGGGCGGCGGGUUUCUGGGAAAGGCCAAAAAGAUGAUGGGAAUGGGCCAAGGCUACUCGGAAAUGGAUCUGCCGCUCACAGAGAAUGGCGGCCGCGGGCGAGGAGACUCGGCCCCCCCAGCACAGCAGAGCAAGAACAAGAAGUUUGACCUCAAGAGCUUCAAGUUUGGCUUUGGCGGAGGAAAGCCUGACCCAUCGACGCUCGGCCCUAGAAUCAUACAUCUCAACAAUCCGCCGGCCAAUGCAGCAAACAAAUACGUCAAUAACCACAUCUCGACCGCCAAGUACAAUGUUGCGACAUUCCUGCCGAAAUUUCUCUUUGAACAGUUUUCCAAAUUCGCAAACGUUUUCUUCUUGUUUACAGCAGCGCUACAACAGAUUCCAGACCUCUCACCCACGAACAAGUAUACCACCAUUGCCCCUCUGAUAGCCGUGUUGAUCAUCUCGGCUGGAAAAGAGUUGGUGGAAGAUUACCGAAGAAAACAGGCAGAUAGCGCCUUGAACAAUUCGAAAGCCAGGGUACUUCGCGGCUCAACCUUUGAAGAUACGAAAUGGGUCAACGUCGCUGUUGGAGACAUUAUCCGCGUCGAAUCCGAAGAACCGUUCCCUGCAGAUCUGGUAUUGUUGGCUAGUUCCGAGCCCGAAGGUUUAUGUUAUAUCGAAACAGCAAACUUGGACGGAGAGACCAACCUCAAGAUCAAGCAGGCCAUUCCCGAAACGUCGGCCCUGAUCAGCACGAACGAACUCAGCAGGUUGGGAGGCAGAGUGCGAUCUGAGCAGCCUAAUAGCAGUCUGUAUACCUACGAGGCAACCCUGAGUAUGCAAGCUGGCGGCGGCGAGAAGGAACUGGCCCUGACCCCUGAACAGCUGCUGUUGCGUGGUGCCACUCUAAGAAACACUCCUUGGGUGCACGGCGUUGUCGUGUUCACUGGCCAUGAGACCAAGCUGAUGCGCAAUGCGACGGCCACGCCCAUCAAGCGCACCAAGGUCGAGCGGCAGCUCAAUAUCCUCGUGUUGGCCCUGAUUGGUCUACUCCUCGUGUUGAGUGCCAUUUGUACCAUUGGUGACUUGGUAUUCCGGUCCUCGAGGGGCGACUCAAUUCCCUAUCUCGAGCUGGAUGAGCUGGACAGUGCUAGCACCGUUGUUACGACAAUCUUCAAAGACCUCGUCACAUAUUGGGUCCUCUUUUCGGCCUUGGUACCGAUUUCCCUCUUUGUCACCAUCGAAAUGGUCAAAUAUUGGCAUGGCAUUCUAAUCAACGACGAUCUCGAUAUUUACUAUGACAAGACCGAUACGCCAGCCAACUGCAAGACGUCAAGUUUGGUCGAAGAACUGGGCAUGGUAGGUUACGUCUUUUCUGAUAAGACGGGAACCCUGACCUGUAAUAUGAUGGAAUUCAAGCAAUGUACUAUUGCAGGCAUCCAAUAUGCGGACGAGGUACCUGAAGAUCGACGGGCCACCGUUCAAGACGGAGUGGAAGUUGGCAUCCAUGACUUCAAGCGGCUUCGUGAGAACACGAAAUCUCACGAGACUUCUCAAGCCAUCCAGCAAUUUCUUAGUUUGCUAUCCACAUGCCAUACCGUUAUUCCCGAGCGUGACGAAUCACAGGGCGGCAAAAUCAAGUACCAAGCAGCCUCCCCAGACGAAGGUGCACUCGUGGAAGGAGCUCUCGAACUGGGUUACAAGUUUGUUGCUCGUAAACCCCGUUCCGUACUAAUCGAGGUCGACGGUAAAGAGUAUGAAUACCAGCUCCUGGCUGUCUGUGAGUUCAACUCCACAAGAAAGCGAAUGUCCACCAUCUAUCGGUGCCCCGACGGAAAGAUCAGGUGCUAUACGAAAGGAGCCGACACUGUCAUUCUGGAACGUCUCAACGACAACAACCCGCACGUGGACGCCACUCUGAUUCAUUUGGAAGAAUAUGCGUCUGAAGGUCUGCGAACCCUUUGUCUUGCCAUGAGAGAGGUUCCCGAACAGGAGUUCCAAGAAUGGUAUGCUGUCUUUGACAAGGCUCAAACGACCGUUGGUGGAAACCGAGCAGAAGAGCUCGACAAGGCCGCCGAGCUUAUCGAGCAUGACUUCUAUCUUUUGGGUGCGACUGCAAUUGAGGAUCGCCUGCAAGACGGUGUGCCCGAGACGAUUCAUACGCUUCAGCAGGCCAAUAUCAAAGUUUGGGUCCUAACUGGAGAUCGACAAGAAACCGCUAUCAACAUUGGCAUGAGUUCCAAGCUUCUGAGUGAAGAUAUGACACUUCUGAUUGUCAAUGAGGAAAACCGAGAGGCUACGCGCGACAAUAUUCAGAAGAAGCUUGACGCCAUUCACAACAACGCUGAAGGCUCGAUUGAAAUGGACACGCUCGCACUUGUUAUUGACGGUAAAUCGCUCACCUAUGCUCUGGAAAAGGAUUUGGAGAAGCAAUUCUAUGACCUUGCCGUCAUGUGUAAAGCUGUCAUUUGUUGCCGUGUCUCUCCUCUCCAGAAGUCGUUGGUCGUCAAAUUGGUGAAGAAGUAUACGGAUGAAAUUACCCUCGCCAUUGGCGACGGUGCAAACGACGUGUCCAUGAUUCAGGCUGCCCACAUUGGUGUGGGUAUCAGCGGUAUGGAAGGUCUACAGGCAGCACGAAGCGCAGAUUUCUCGAUCGCCCAGUUCCGGUUCCUUCGAAAGCUCACUUUGGUUCAUGGUGCUUGGAGUUACCAACGCGUUAGCAGAGCCAUUCUGUUCUCCUUCUACAAGAACAUUACUCUGUACAUGACUCAAUUUUGGUACACUUUCCAAAACGUAUUUUCUGGAGAGGUCAUUUACGAAUCGUGGACACUGUCCUUUUACAACGUUUUCUACACUGUCCUCCCGCCCCUGGUCAUCGGUAUCCUGGAUCAGUUCAUCUCUGCGCGUCUUCUCGACCGUUACCCGCAGUUAUACUCGAUUGGCCAAGAGAACCAAUUCUUCAAGAUCAGGGUCUUUACAAACUGGAUCAUCAACGCGUUCUAUCACUCGCUCAUUCUGUAUAUCGGCAGUGAGCUAUUCUAUUAUGGUGACAACAUCCUCAACGACGGUACGACCGCUGGCCAUUGGGUUUGGGGAACAGCUCUCUAUGGCGCUGUGCUUGCCACCGUGCUUGGAAAGGCUGGUCUCAUCACAAACAACUGGACCAAAUACCACGUAAUUGCGAUUCCAGGUAGCAUGGCGCUUUGGAUCGUCUUCAUUGCUGUCUACGCCUAUGUCGCACCCAAACUUGACAUCUCGACCGAAUAUGCCGGUCUUGUACCGAAGCUGUUCACAUCGCCGGUAUUCUACCUGCAACUGGUUGUCUUGCCGGGCGUAUGUCUGCUCCGAGAUUUCGCCUGGAAGUAUGCAAAGCGCAUGUACAGACCACAAACGUAUCACCACAUCCAGGAGAUCCAGAAGUACAAUAUUCAGGACUACAGGCCCAGGAUGGAGCAAUUCCAGAAGGCUAUCAGAAAGGUGCGCCAGGUACAGAGAAUGCGCAAGCAGCGUGGAUAUGCAUUCUCGCAGGCAGACGAGAGUCAGACACGCGUGAUCAACGCGUACGACACCACGAGAGGUCGUGGUCGGUAUGGAGAGAUGCCAAUGGCAUCCGAGAGAUGA